AUGGGUAAACCUAGAGGAAGAAGAAUUGCUAUCAAAGAGCGACAAAAAACACACGAGAUCGAGGAAAAUAGUCUCAAUGAGUGUUCCAAAAGCGAGGCGAGCGAAGUGAUAGGAUUUAGUGGAAACGAGACGAACGGAAGCCAGAAAGGUCAAGAUCCAAACACGUUUUUUGGGGUUUUGAACACUGAAGAGUUGGAAUAUUUCAAACAGGCCGAAUCGACACUUGCCAUCGAUGCAUUUGAAUCCCCAGAAGAAAAGGAAGCGUUCAUUCGCGGUGUCAUCGAAGAAAGCAAAAAGAAAGAGCUGAAACUCGCUACGUCUCAGAUAUGUUCGAAAUUAAUGGAACGUAUCAUACUUGCCGCAGACAAUUUGCAGCUCAAAGAAAUUUUUGAGACUUUUCAUGGGUUUUUCUACAAUCUUGCGUGCCAUAAGUAUUCGUCGCAUGUUUUGGAGACUGUAUUGGUGAGAAGUGCCUCAUUGGUGGAAAAAGAGCUUUUGACACCUUCUUUUGAGGAUUCGACAAAUACUAUGGAACAAUUGUUCCUGCGCAUGGUAGACGAGUUAGAGCCCCAUUUUAGGGCUAUGGUUUCUCACCGAUAUGCCUCGCAUGUUCUGCGUCUCGUUUUGCUUAUUAUUUCAUCUAAGACGCUUCCAAGCACCACUUUGAACAAUUCAUCGUUGAGGUCUAAAAAAUCCAAGAUCGCACGUAAAAUGAUCGAUAUUAAAGACAAUGAAGAUUUUAACCGUGUUUAUAGGACUCCAGAUUCGUUUAAAAUCAAAUUGCGUGCGAUUCUGGCUUCAUUUUACAAAGACCUGAGCGGUGGUGGUGAAUUGGGUUCAUCGAAACGGGGUAAUGUAGACCUAACCUCGAUCACAAAAGUGAGGGAACUCUGCAUAGACCCUGUUGCUUCUCCAGUGCUGCAAUUGGUGAUCCAAAUCGAAGGUAUUUUCGAUAGAGACCGGUCUUUCUGGCAUCUCAUUUUCUCUUCUACAGACGAGAAAGAUCCAAAAGAGGAAGCCUUUGUUGAAUACUUACUUUCUAACUCUGUCGGGUCGCAUUUUCUACAGAAUGUGGUUUCAUCUUCGAGACCUAAAUACACUGAACGUCUCUUCAGCCUUUAUAUGAAGGAUCGGGUGGUAAAAUUGGCCAGGAGAGAUUCGACAGGUGUUUUCGUAAUUCAAGCGCUUUUAAAACAUUUGCAUCAAAAUGAGGUAAGAUCGCUUCUCAUGGAUCUUGUACCCGAACUUCAGACUUAUCUUGAUUCUCAUCUGGAUUUCUGCACUGAAAUUGUUGAUUGCAGUAUCCGUCAAGACAACUUUAUGCGUGAUCAGAUAAUAGAGCAACUGCUUGCCAAAUUCGGUUCACAAAAGGAGAAUAAAUCUGGCAUUUUAGAAACAUGCCUCCAUUUGAGCAGCAGUACUUUGGGUAACACUAAAGGCGAUUGGCCCACCGCGGAAGAAAGAAGAAGGUCUUUAUUCCUUGAGAAAUUGAUAGAUUACGAUGACAAAUUCCUUAACAUGACAAUUGAUGGUUUUUUAGACCUACCGCACGAGAGGCUUUUACAAAUGUGCUAUCAUGGAGUGUUCUCACGAGUCGUUGAACAUACUUUACAGGUCAAGAGGGUCGAAAAGAUUAAGAGGAAGCUUCUACUUAACAUAUUUUGUACCGAUACGGUCAAUUUGGCGUGUAAUGCUUACGGAUCGCAUCUCGUUGAUAAACUAUGGGAUUUCAGUGCUCAGUUGACCAUGUACAAGGAAAGAAUCGCGACAUCGUUGACAAAUGAGGCUACAAAGGUGAAAAAUAGUGUCUACGGAAGGCAGACGUGGAAGAAUUGGUCACUCGACAAUUUUUUACGGAAAAGAUAUGAUUGGAAAAAGAUUAUCAGAGAUCAAGAAAGCGAGUUGUUCCCGGAAGCCGCUUACCGCAUUUCCAGUGCACAGGGCUCUAAAAAACGUGGGCCUAGACAGGAAAACGCCUUGGGUUCGAAUCCAAAGAGACAUAGACGCUAG